AGUCACUUUUUGGCACGACACCUGUUCUCGCUACAGUAUCGUCUAUACCGAGGCUCUGCAGCCUGCCAGGCGUCACUGAGGGAAAACUUCCCAAGGAGACGCGCCGUGGAGUGAAGCCGGAAGUGGUAUGUGACCGGAUCAAGCGCUCGACGUGACAGGUCCGAGAUGACCGAGGUGAGCCAUCAGCGGUGGGGAGAGGUGCCCAGUCAAGGCACUGUGGAUCUGUGGGUUCUCCAGUCCAGCCAGGUUCGGGUGGAGGUUCUCACUUUAGGUGCCAUCAUAAGAUCUGUGUGGACCAGAGGGAACAAUGGCCAGAUGGAGGACGUAGUCUUGGGCUAUGAUGAUCUGGAAGGCUACGUUUCAGAUAAGCGCUACUUUGGAGCUGUGGUGGGCCGCGUGGCCAACAGGAUUGCACAUGGACGCUUUGCAGUAGAGGGACACGUGUACCAAUUAGACAUCAACAACGAACCCAAUGCACUGCAUGGAGGCCUGUGUGGCUUCAAUAAGGCUAUUUGGCAAGCUGCACCAGUGGAAGAGGGUGUGCGUCUGAGUCUAAGAAGCCCAGAUGGAGACCAGGGUUAUCCUGGAGAGGUUCAGGUUUCUGUCACCUACACCCUACAGGGUGAAACUCUAACUGCUGUUUAUCAAGCCCAGUCUACCAGAACCACCCCCAUCAAUCUUACCAACCACUCGUACUUCAACCUGGCUGGACAGGCUGUAACUGAUAUCUAUGACCAUCACGUGUCGAUCAGCGCUCAGCACUACCUGCCUGUGGACAACACAUCAAUUCCAACAGGUUAAGCAUAUAAGUAUUAAAUUGAUUUUAUUAAUUUAUCCUGUGUACAUGUGUGUUUAGAUAAAACAGCAAGCUGAAUUCACACAAUUCCGCAUGACAGCAACUUAUAUCUUUUUAAUAUAUCUAUCUAUUUUUUGCAACAUCAAAAAAGACCUGGGGCCUCAUGUACAAAGACUUGCGCAGGAUUCCUACUAAAGUUUGCGUAAAUUCAAAUCCAGAAAAACGGAAAAGUAGACAAAAAUCUGGAUGUAUCAACAUCUACUAAAUACGAAUCUAUGCAUGGUUCCCUUGUACAUCCCAUGUAGAAUUGAGCGCAGGCAAUUGAUUGGCAAGCACUGUUCCCUCUAAGCUAUGCGCGUACGCAAUUGCUCACUGCUGACACUGUCGGGGCGCACAGAAAAUCGAACCUGAAUUGAAAAUAAAACAACGACCGGUGACUGGCUGCUCCAGCCAAUGAUGCGAUUCACAGAAGUAUUUACUGUACUUAUGUAUCAACAUAAGUGACAACCGGGGUCAAAUCAGCCGCUGUUCGCUUUUUCGUGGUCAAAUUAGCGUCACUCCACCAACUCCGCUCAGGUAUUUCUCAAUCGCUCCCAAACAUGAGUCAGACGGUCACCGGAGCUUUUGUUUUGUUUUUGUAAGUAACUGGAUAAUGGACACUCAUAAAUAAAAA